GCUGAAGAAAUUUUAUCAGAUAAUGGCCGACGAAAUUCCAGCUAGGUUUGUCGCAAGUUCUAAUAAAAAAUUCAUUGUAAUUAGGUAACCCUCAAAAAUAAAAUUCCUUUUGAAUAUUGACUAAAUGUUGUCUUGACUUUCCUUCUCUUCCCCUCCGUUAACUGAAUAUUUUUCCAGAUCUAAUUUUCGAAGUAAUCUACUCAAUAUUUUCAUAGUACUCAGUAGCUUAAGUUUCCAUCUGGGUUUGGCACUCUGGCAGAAGAGAAAGGAAGAUAAAUUGUUCAAGUGUUUCACUCAAGCUCAAAGUUGGUGCUUCAUCAUCAAGAUCGAUUGCAUCAAUCCAGUAAGAGAUAAGGGUUGAGAUAUGGCAGAGGCUGCGGUGGAGUUUGCUAUAGAAACCUUGAGUUCCCUUCUUGUCCAAGAAGUCAAGUUGCUGGGAAACGCAAGACAAGAAGUUGAAAGCAUCAAAAGUAAAUUGGAAAGGAUAAGGUCUUGCCUCAGGGAUGCAGAUGCAAAGGCUGCAGCUGAAGAAGAAGGAAGAAGUAAUGAAGGUGUCAAAACAUGGGUAAAACAAUUGAGGGAAGAAGCCUUUCAUAUUGAAGAUGUCCUUGAUGAUUACAUUUUGAAGAAGGCACAACUUCCCCGUGGCAGUGGCUUUCUUGGUGUUCUUCGUAAAAUAAGUCGUUUCGUAAAGACACUGAAAUUGCGCCACGAAGUUGCAACUGCUAUCCAAGAUAUCCUUCAUGUCUGAAGUUGAAAUUAAUCAAGGAAGACAAAAUUUCAACUUCAGACAUGAAGGAUCAAGUAGUAGUAUAGGAGGUGUUAUACCACAUGACUCUCGAGUUGGCUCCCUUUUCAUUGAGGACUCAGAGAUUGUGGGCAUUGAAUCUUCUAAACAUAAAUUGAUUGAUUUAUUGGUGAAUGGAAAAUCAAAUCUCUCAGUGAUUGCGAUGGUGGGUGAAGGAGGAUUAGGCAAGACCACUCUUGCUGGGAAAAUUUAUGAUAAUGAUGUUGUGAAGAUGCAUUUUGACUGCCAGGUUUGGAUCACAGUUGGAAAAGAAUAUGUGAAGAAAGAUCUAUUAAAGACAAUUAAACAGCAAGUUAACCGUCAAACAGGGUACGCUUCAGGGGAGAUAGAGGACACGGAAGAGAUGAAUGAGAUGAAUCUGAUGACUGCAUUGAGAAAGCUCUUGAAAGGCAAGUGUUACAUGGUUGUGUUUGAUGACGUGUGGAAAGAUGAUUUCUGGGAAGAUGUUAAGUAUGCUUUGCUUGAUAAUAACAAAGGCAGUAGGGUAAUGCUGACAACACGAUACAUGACUGUUGCUCAUUCAGCUCCUUUUGUGAAUGUCCAUGAGCUUGAACAUUUGCCUUCAGAUAAGGCAUGGGAACUCUUUUGUAGAAAAGCGUUUGGGUUUAACAUGUCUUGUCCAACGGAGCUGGAGAAAUUGUCUCAUGAAAUCCUUGCAAAGUGUGGAGGUUUACCAUUAGCAAUUGUGGCCGUAGGUGGUAUUUUGUCAAACAAAAACAAGGUUGUCUUUGAAUGGCAAAAGUUACUUUGUGGUUUAGGCUCAAAGUUAGGGAGCGAUCCCCAUCUGAGAAGUUGCAACAGAGUUUUAUCUGAAGGUUAUUAUGAUCUCCCUCACCAUUUGAAGUCAUGCCUCUCGUACUUUGCCUUGUUUCCACAAGGCUUUAAAAUUUUUUUUGGGAGACUAAUACGCCUAUGGAUAGCUGAGGGGUUUGUCCAGUAUAGCAAAAGCUACUCGCUUGAACAAGUUGCAGAAGAUUACUUGACAGAGCUCAUUGACAGAAGUUUGGUUCAAGUUUCGGAGAGAAAGGUUUUAGGACGAGUUAGAACAUGUAAAGUCCAUGAUCUGAUGCAUGAAAUCCUUCUAAAGAAGACUAAAGAACUGGGUUUCUAUGGAGACUUAAGUGGAGAAGACAUGAGUCAUAAAACUCGUCGUAUUUCAGUAAAUAUAGGUACUGAUGAUGCUCUAGAAAGAAUCAAGGAUUCAAAGAUUCGUCUAUUUGUCUUUUCAAUGUAGACAAACUUCCUGAGUCUUUCAUGAGUACAUUUUUUGCCAAUUUCAACCUUCUGAAAAUACUUGAUUUUGAAGAUGGUCCAGUGGAAUACCUUUCUGAGGGAGUGGGAAAUCUCUUUCAUUUGCACUACUUAAGUUUGAGAAGAACAAAAAUAAAAGAACUUCCAAAGUCUAUAGGCAUGCUUAUUAACUUAGAAUCUCUAGAUUUGAAGCACACUUUUGUGUCUGAGCUGCCGGCUGAGAUAAAAAAUCUGAAAAAAUUACGCUGUCUAAUAGUACUUCAUAGGGACGGAUUCAUUACCAAAAUACAUAAGGGUUUUGGGGCUUUAACGAACCUACACAAGCUACAAUUGGUGGAAGGAAAUUUUGAAGUUCUUGAAGAGCUUAAGCAGCUAAGGCUAUUGAGGAGUCUGGACAUUAGGCUUGAAAAUAGAGAUUGGAAGGAUCUGUUCGUUAUUGUCGAGAAUAUGGAAAAUCUUGAAAGUUUGGCUGUAACAUCUAAAGUUGAAGAAGAGAUUGUUGAUGUAUCAUCAAUGGCCUCUGCUCCACAAUCUCUUCAAAGUUUGUUUUUAGAAGGGAAUAUUAAGAAGCUGCCGUUUUGGAUUUCUGAACUUCAAAAACUAAUUAAAAUACAAUUGGUUUUUAAGGGAACAACUGAUAUUGAUCCCAUAAGUGUCCUUCAAGCCUUACCUAAUUUAUUGAGGCUUAUGAUCAGGAUGACGUAUUGUGAUGAGAAAUUGCAUUUCAAAGAUGGUUGGUUUCCGAAGCUUGAAGAGCUGCAUCUCGAGAACUUUGGAGAAUUAAAAUGGAUGAUGAUAGAUAAAGGUUCAAUGCCUAAUUUAAAACAAUUUCGGAUUGGACCAUGCCCACUUUUGAAGGAGCUUCCAACAGGAAUUGAGCAUCUAAUAUAUCUUAAGACUCUUGUAUUUCGGAUAAUGUUGAAAGAGAUCUAUUGGAUGAUGAAAGGUGAGAACUGGGAGAAACUCACUAAACACAUUCCACAAGUAUUGGUAACUUAUAAACAUGCAUAUGGUUUCGGUUUUUAUUACAACACUAGAUAUUUGUCAUCUCUGUCAUGUGAAGAUUUUGAGCAGCUUGUUGAAAAACAGUCUCAUCCAUGAAAAAACAGGUGAAGUGUCUACUAUUGUGAGAAUCAGAAAUACUAUGUUUACUCACGAGUUUUACUAAUUGUCUUACUACCUUUGUUAAAAUUACACAUAGUACCUGUAUUAUGCGUAUGGUACCCGUAUUAUACGUUAUAUUUACAAAGGAUAGUAAAAUGGUUAGUAAGAUGGUGAGUAAGCAUAACAUUACUCUUGUGAGAACACUGUGAUGAGGCAUCUUCCAUAUUUAUCAACCACGAUUAUUGAGGGCUAUUUACUAUUAGAUUAUCAAGGUGUAAAAAUGGUGCAAUGUUGAUUGUUAUCUAGAGUAUUGCCUAUUAAGUUGAUGUGUUUUUAUUUGCACUUUGUUUCUACUACUUUGUAAUUAGAGUGAAAAUAGACAUUUUUUAUUUUUUUUUUAUUUUUAAAACA